UAGUGAGGGACAGCGGCGUCGGAGGCUCGGACUCGGAUCUGGUCAGACAGGACAGGGGCUGAAGCAGCCUCUUUUCUGGUCCAAACUUCUGAGCAAGCACCAUGAAGUUCCUGUACAAGAGGAAACAGCUUCCUCUUUAAGCUGCCGAGGCGAGAAGAUCCAGAGAUCUGGAUCUUGAGAAGGGAUACGUCAUUACGUUGACACAGCGGAAAAUGAUCUCGUCACGUCUGGUGAAAACGUCGAAGCAGUCGCGGAAGGAGAUGCCGGGGGAUCGCUCCAGGAUGCUGAUCGUGGGAGAGAGGCUGAUGAGAGCCGGCAGUGAAGGAAACCUGCUGAGAUCCACACCGAACCAACACCAGGAGCUUCAGGAGCACAGCCUGAAGGUGAUCCCCAAACCAGAGAAGGUGAGGAGCGAGCGGAGGCCGUGCUCGGCCGAGGAUGUGGACAAUCUGGACAGGAAGACGAGCAACAGGGACGUGUGUGACCGAUCCAACCCCUGGUCCCCUCGCACACUUCCUCGGAAGAACACGCUCGCCAUGCAGACGCAGAACGCAGAGCGGCGGAGAGAAGCCUUUCUGGAGCUCCUGAAGCAGAAAUACCCUCAUCACGCUUCGGCCAUUGCCGGACAUCAGGAGAGACUCCGAGAUCACAUCAGGACUCACAGUGUUUUAGGAGAGCAGGAGUGUGUGAGAACGGUCAUGACUGAAGAAGAAGUGGCCACGUCCUUCACACGGGGCAGUCGCACUCGUGCCAGCCUCCCCGUCGUCAGAUCCAACAACCACACCAAGGAGCGCUCACUGGGUGUUCUGCACCUGCAGUACGGCGAGGAGACGAAGCAGACCCUCAUGCCUAACGAGGUGUCGAGUGCUGACACGGUGCACGCUCUGUUCGUCAGCGCUUUCCCUCAGCAGCUCACGCUCAGCAUGCUCGAGUCACCAAACAUGGCCAUCUACAUGAAGGACCACAUCAGAAACAUCUACUACGAGCUGAAUGACGUCAGGAGCAUCACACCGAACUCCUACCUGAAGGUUUAUCACAAAGAUCCAAAUCAGGCUUUUAAUCACAACUCGAGACACAACAACGGAGACGCCCGAGUUCCUCGUGAGAGGCUUUACAGCCCCAGACAGCAGCAGGCAGGUGGACAGUCGAUGGGUCACACACUUCCUACACCCCAGAGUCCCAUCCAGGGUCCUCAGGGUUCUCUGUCUCCACCCCUGGCUCGUUCUGUUCCCUCAUCGCCGUCGCGUUUCACUUACAACUCGCGCACCAUGCCAGGCGGAGCUACGCUACCCCGCGAGCGUGUGUCCAGCACGCCGUGUUCCAGCGCCAUCCUGGAGCGGCGGGACGUCAAACCAGACGAGGACGUGGAUCCGUACGGCUUCCCCGAGGCACGCCUGAACAUGACCGACUCCCCUGACGGCGCCAUCUUCCACCAUCACUCCCUCUACAGGCAAAAAUCUCGCAAGUACAGCGACAGCAUGCUGAACCCCAAGAGUCAAAAAACUCCGCCCCCUUCACCUCACAGGGUCAAUGAGGUCCGGAUGAUCGACAUCCACCCGGGACAGAGCGCACACAUGAUGGUGGAGAGGACGUCGUCCCUGAGGAGAUCUUUCCGGAAGGACAACAACGGGACACUGGAGGUGGCGGCGAGGCCCAGAGCAAGCGUGACGUCCCCCGUGUAUACAGAUUUACACGGAGGUGGACCGUUCCAGGGCCUCGUACCAUCAGCAAAUCCUCAGAGUAAGCGCAUGAAGGCGAUGGAGCAGCAGUUAGCGAGCCUCACUGGCCUCGUUCAGCACGCACUUUUUAAAGGGACGAACUCCAGCGGAGGAAAAGAGGCAGUGAGUGAGAAACUGGUCUCCGAGUCUCUCGCUCAAAACACAAACACUGGAGGAGUCUCCCCAGUGGCUGUGUGUAAGAGUCCCACUCUUCUGUCUGAGCCUCCUGUGUCUCCUUCAGCCAGAGACCCGGCUCUGGGCUUCCUCCUGUCCAGCUUCCGUAGUAACGUGUCCAGCCUCCGGCAGCAGCUCCAUCAGAUCCGUCAGGCGCAGCUGCAGAACCAGGUGGCAAUGAGGACGAUGCUGAAGCAGGCGGAGGAGGAACUGACCGUGAGGAUGUGUGAGAAGCUGCAGAUGUUGGACGACCCGCUGAAGAAGCAGAGGAUGGAGGUGGACGAGGAGAGACACAGAUACGAGGUCAUGGAGGAGAGCGUGCUGCUCCAGCUGGGGGAUCUGGAGAAACACGUGGAGCAGCUGAAGAGGAACUCCAGCUCGGCUCAGAUAUCCGUCACGCUGCGGGACGUGGAGGACGGAGCAGUUAAUCUGAGGAAGGUCGGGGAGACGCUGGCCACACUGAAGGGAGAGUUCCCAGCUCUGCAGUCGAGGAUGCAUGCGGUGUUGAGGAUGGAGGUGGAGGCUGUCCGCUUCCUGAAGGAGGAACCUCAGAAGAUGGACAACAUGCUGAAAAGGGUUAAAGCCCUGACCGAGACUCUCAGCAGCCUCAGAAUACGGGCUACAGAAGGCUCCCCACAUACUGACCCGAUCUCCACGAAGCCCGAGUCACCCGAUUCCCCCGGACUGACCCGGGAAUCAGCCACACCUCAGCAGCAUUUAUCCUCAAACCCCGCCCACUUUACCAUCACCUCUUCUUCUAACCUCACCCACUGUGAGCUUGUCUCCAUCUCUUCUUCCUCUCCCAUCAUGGCACAGAGGUCAUGCAGCUCAGCGCUGGUCCCGAGUCACGGCCGAGAUGCCCCUGCCGUCGUCACGGUGACCGGGAGUGACGUCCAUCACGUCAAGAAUGAGCCGCUGAGCUGUGGAGAGACCACUGAGAUAGACGAGGUGGCAGACAGGAGACAGGCCGAGGAAGAAGCAGACAUGGAGCGCAUUUUACAGCAGGCUCAAGCUAACCUGAUGAAGAACAUACCUGACCUGGAGCUGACCAAUCAGGAGAAGAGCAGAGCCUCAGCUACGACUUCCAUCCGGCCUGAUGAAGUGGACACACCUCAGUCUCCAUGCCCAGAGGUCACCUCUCCAGCCGAACCAGUAGCAGAUAAACCGGUCCAGACCAGCUUGGAGUGCGUUCAUAAACCUCCUAUAGAGAAGCCUCACAGAGCCAGCGUGGACCGAGCAACGCCCAAUCAGGAUGCGGCAAACAAAUCCCCACCUCCUGCCCCGCCCCGCAGGCUCCCCAUCACAGCCACAGGACUGACGACUGGACGUUCCGGAGAGGUCAUCUUCACCACUCGCCAGGACCCCGCCCCUCCCCAGGAGAAAGAGGAGGAAGCUGUCCAGUCCAAACCCCAGCGAGUGCGUCCGGAGUUGAAACCCAAACCACGCACACUUCCUCCUGUCAACGCACGUGAAGAGGUGGAGGACGAACACGAUGAAGAUAAGAUCAUAGCAGAACUGCAGGUGUUUGAGAAGUGUCCAGUUAAAGACUUAGAGCCCAGAUACAUUGUUGACCUGACCACCCACGUGCUCCCAGACCAAGAGCUGGAGCCAGCCUUCUCUCUUUCUGCAUAUGACCCAAAGAGCUCAGCUCUCCAUUGUGAAGAUGGAAAAAACACUCCUCAGGCUUCACCUGGAUCUGGGAUCAUAUAUUACAUCACUGGCACAGCAAAAGCAGGCAGCGACAAUCCACUGGGAGGAUCUGAAGUCCAAAGCGAUCCCAGGGAAGGAGUUUCCUCACCUAAGGUGGCGCAUCCGAAUUCUCCUGAUUUUACUCAACAGCCAAACGUAUUAACGCCAUCUGACUUGAAUUUAGAUUCCCUUAAAUCAGUAGAGGAAAGCCUGAAAGUGUCCGCUGACACUCAGAAGGUUAUCAGCAGUGACAGGGAUGAAACUAAUAUUCCAAAAGAGUCGCCGGAGAACAUCGCCAGCAAGCCAGAGAGUCAGUUGUUGGUUUCUUCAGAAAAUCUCAUUCAUGCCUCAGAGAAACCAUCUGACAACGGAUCUGAGGUUCCGCUGGCUAAAUCACUGGUGCGACCAGAAACGUUGGUCCUAUCGGGAGAAACCGUGUACCAGGAAGACACUCAGCAGGUGGUAUUGAGAUCGUCUAGGGGAAGAAACGGGUACACUGAGGAGAUCAGCUUGAGCCCUGACCUUCCUGCAGAUGAGCUUCAACCUCCAUCAGACAACAUCGCCUUUAUGAUCACCAAAACCAGAGUGCAGGCUCUGUCCACUGGGGAAUACCAGCAGCUCGUGAGCUCCACGGAACAAGACGUGGAAACCGUUAAAGUAGGAACGGACGAGACGGUGUCCGCCCCUGAAGACGGCGAGUUCAGCAAGAAACCGGUUAUUAUCGUGUUCGAUGAGCCCAUGGACAUCCGUCAGGCCUACAAGCGUCUCUCCACCAUCUUCGAAUGUGAAGAAGAGCUGGACAGGACGCUCUCAAAGGAGCGCAUCAUCGAGGACACUGAGGAGAUCAAUGAGGAAGAGGUGGCCAAGGACAGGGCUGACGAUCAGGUCAAGUCCAGCAGCAAAUCAGAGAGCACUAGUGGUAAUUAUCUCCAGGUACCUGGCCAACAGCAGAAACCCAGCGAUUGCUCUUCUGCGGUAUCAGAGGAUGUGUCCCAAGUGGACCUCCCCAUUGACGUCAAGCAAGAAGCUAAAAAGAAGUUUAAGUUCAAGUUCCCAAAGAAGCAACUGGCAGCUAUCGGCCAGGCCCUUCGUACCGGUACUAAAACGGGCAAGAAGACAUUGCAGGUGGUGGUUUAUGAGGACGAGGAGGAACCAGACGGUACGCUGAAGGAAGCAAGAGAAGCCAAGAGAUUUGAGAUUAAAUCCAGUAUAGACACUGCCAGUCCUGACGUUUCGGCCAGUGAGACAUCUGAAUCCCAGACAGUCAACCAGCAACCCUCUACAGGAAGGACUAAUGAGAUCUGUCAAACUGCAUACAAAACCUUAGACAGCCUGGAGGAGACGAUUAAACAACUAGAAACCACAAUCACGAACAUGGACCCUGCACUGUCCCCCGACGCCUCCUGUAAAGAUCCUGUCGUCAAAAGAGCCACCGAGAACCAAGCAGCGAAGGUUGAAAGCAGUCCUUCAAAGAAACCAGCUCCUCUAGGGCCAAAGCCUCAGAAGCCUCCCCAGAGGAAGAAGUCUAAAGUACAAUGCGUUCCUCGACCUUCUUCCUCCAGCAGCACUAAACAGAGCACCGGUGGUUCAUCAUCUACAACUCGAGUUGCCUCGCCCAGAUCGCGGCAACAAGCAGGAAGUGUGGAAAAACCUCAAAAACCACCAAAGCUCCAGGACUCCCAGAGCCAGUUCAGACAGGUAGUUUUAUUGUAGAGCUACCCGUAUGCAGGACGUCCACUCACAUGGGCUAAAGACACAAAUUCCUGCUGAACCUCUCGGUGGUUCUCAGACUGUGAUGAGUGGAGGUAGAGGUUAAGGUUCAGAAUGUUGAUGGUUCAAAAGGUCUUCGUGGAAGACACUUAACUUUCAGUGGCUCAAUUGAAGAGUAAGUUGCUUUGAAUAAAAGCAUCAGCCAAAUAAAUAAAUGUUAAACUAAAAAGAUUAAAAAAAAUGAUGUGUAAAAACGCGUCACACAAUCUCACCACUUAAAACAUCAAAAGAAUACCAUGUGUAUGGACAGAAGGAGGGAUUAGUCACGUACCAAAAUGGUUUAAUUUGGCUAAAUGCUAGCUUUCUGCUCCUGUGAAAUGCCGAAUUUACUUUAGCUUGUAUUUUUCUGUUUAGAGAAGGUGUUUUUUACGUAUCUAACCAGCGAGACUCAAGUAUUUUUGUUACAAUUUACAACUAGCUAUUUAUCUCGGUAUACUCAUUUACACUCGUGUUAAUUGACAUUCCAGCAGGUGAACAUCGCAGCUUAUAAAGUAUACAGAAGAUUAACCUGCUUCUAAAACCGUUACUUGUUUUAUUUUCUGUACUAAAAUCUUUACCUUCGAACCUAAUCAUCCGAGUUCUCUGUCACGUCUUAGCCAUGAUGUUUCUGGUGCUUAGUAUAGAAGCUGUUUAUAGUUACCAAGAGCUGCUUUAGAGAUUUUAGCAACAAGGAGGUGGAGCAAAUGUUGAAGUGGAAACAGACUUAAUAAGGUUUAUGCAAAUGAGCAGCAAAGCAAUUUAAUCGAGAAACACUCUCUGUCUUCUCUCUUUGGUCCACCUGUGAAAUAUUAUCCUUGAAAUUUGUUUCAAAACGUUCCUAUUCCCAAAAUAGGUAAGCGGGGGUGUUUUCCUCGCUCUCUUUGGGUUUUGAUCAUUAAAAAAAUGGACAGCGUUAUUUCUGGACCAAUAUGAUGAUACUUGCAGCACAGAUGCAUUUCAUACACAAGUGAUUUUUCUUCACAAAUUUUAUUUUUAAGAUGCUCAUUAUUCAGUUUAUGUGGACAUGGUGCUAUAGUGGCCUUACUGGUGAAACUGUGGCAAAGACACACCCAAUAGUGACCAUCGCAAAACAUUUUCAACCUCAGAAUGUGAGAAAUGGUUGCCGGUUUUUACCUGCCACACCGCACUCGCCGUGAGCAUUUUAUCUCUCUAUAAUCUUAAUUCUUUUUCUCUAUUUUUUCCUUUGGUCAGUGAGUAGUCACCUUGGGGCUGUCCAGUUCUUUUACAUGCCGUGUCUGGGAGGGUGUCUGGGAUCGUUGUCUUUAGAUCAGUGUUGUUUUUGUGCACGAUGAUUUAAGGAACUGUCUUUAACACUUACUAACAGUGUAGAGCUCUAGUGCUGGUGCUUUCUCCUAGGUUUUCUAUUUUGAGGGAUUAUAUUUUAUUUUAGAGGUGUGUGAAUUACAAAAAAAAAAGUUGUUUUCUUUAUCGUUAGCUGAGAAGAAACCUAAAGAAGUAAACUAUUUAAUCAGUGUUUAGACUUCACACUAAGUUUCAGGUUCAGGACAGGACACUGCCAGAUUCAGCUCAUUGUUUUAUUUUUAAGUAUUUCACUUACAACACCAAAGUUAUAUCUUCAUAAAGACAUAUCCAGUCUGUUAGAGUCCACCUGUAGAGCGUGUGUGAUGUUUAAAUAUCAUAUUACUGAAAUAUCCUGAGUAGUUUAGGUAUUUUUGUGCCACUAAUGGUGUGUUCAACUGCAUACACAAGUGAUGUGUUCAAUAACAAAAAGAAAAGUGUGUUCAUUGACCUGGCCAAAGUUCUCUGCUAUGCAUGCCUUCUAGGUAUUUCCUCAUAAAGAAUUUCACGUUUGCACAAAAGAAUAAAGCUGUAAAUACAUUCUGGGGUUUUGUAAGACGUGUAUAAAGGCUGUGUGGAGGAACGCUUGUACUGAAAGGUGUCUAUGCAAUAAAGGACUGUCGCUUA